AUGGAUGGUUUCCUGUCUUUUGAGCCCCUCUACCCUGAUGCCUAUAACCCAACUCUGAACAAAGACAUCAUCGCUCCACUGUGGACUGACAUUGACUGUUAUACCAGAGGGAACAUCUCUUAUGAGCAAGCCACAAAUGGGUCUUUGAUUGAAAUAGCUACAAAUGAAAUGAACAGCAUGUUCUCUGGGUUGAACUUCUCUGCUUCCUGGGUCUUCGUCGCCACUUGGGAGAAGAUGGAAUUUGAACCUGAUACAGGGGAGGUGACCUUCCAAGUUGUCCUGGUUUCUGACAGCAAGAACCGCUCUUACGUCCUGAUGAACUAUGGAUCCAUCCCUCCUGAUCCUCUACCAUGGAUGGCUGGAUAUAAGACUGUGAACAACACGUAUUCUUUCAGCAUUCAGGCACCCAGUACCUCUAGUCUGUCUACUACUACUAAUGUUGGAAUACCUGGCCGCUGGGCUUUCCAAAUUGACAGUGGAGUUUCAGUGGCACCACCGCCAGCACUGUUCUAUCCAUUUGGCUCAGGAGUCGGAGAUACUCUUAAUCCUCGCAGUGAUGAUGGAAGCUCACCUGCUAUAAACCUACAGAGUCCAUUCACUUUCUUCAGACGCACAUACACUAAGCUAUAUGUCAACAACAAUGGACACUUGACGUUUGAUCAGCCGUGGGACAGCUAUACACCCACUCAGUUCAAUGCUUAUAGUGGAAGAGAUAUCAUCGCUCCACUGUGGACUGAUAUUGAUAAUCGUGGAGCUGGCACUAUCUCAUAUAAUCAGUACAGUAAUGGCAAUGUCCUUUCACAGGCCACACGGGACAUAAACCAGCACUUUCCACAGUUUAUCUUCACUGCUUCUUGGGUCUUCGUUGCAACAUGGGAUAAAGUGGCGUACUACAGCUACUCAGGCACGGAAACAUCAUUUCAAGUGGUUCUGAUUUCUGGAGUUGGGUUUUCCUUUGUGCUGAUCAAUUAUGGUGACAUUGCGCCAACGAACUACAGAGUGGAGGCUGGAUAUGACACAAACUUCACAGACUACUCUGUGUUUCUUUGGACAAAUGACACAUCCACCAUUCCGAACCUCAAGUAUUUGAGUAAUGUGAACGUCCCAGGACGCUGGGCCUUCGUGCUAAACCAACCCAGUAACACAAAUGCAACAAACUCCAGCUUUGACCCAUGCUAUAACUAUACUGCCCUGGACGACUCCUGGAGAGAUAUUCACACAAACUACAGAGGACAUGAUGACACCCGUUGUGAUGCUAAUGUGAACUGGGUCGGAUGGUAUCGGCUUUUCUACCAGGGACAAAGUGCCAAGAUGCCAGAAACAUGUGUCAGUCCAAACAGGUGUGGCACUGACAUCUCACUUUGGCUCAGUGGCUCUCACCCAUCUCUGCAAGAUGGAGUGGUGGUCCGUCAAAUCUGUGGAAACCUUGGCAGUGAUUGCUGCUUUUACAAAUUGUUCCCGAUUCAAGUGAAAGCCUGCCCGGGAAACUACUACGUGUACGAGUUUGUCAAACCGAAUCUCUGCAAUACAGGCUAUUGUACAGAUACUAGCAACAUAACUGUCACCAUCGCACCAACAACUACCCCACAGACUGCACUUACUACUGCAAACCCUGGUUAUGACCCGUGCAGUAACUAUACAGUCCUAAAUCAGCCCUGGAGAGCUACUAAUCAAUCGUGGUAUUAUGUCUGUGAUCAAGCCUUCGAGUGGAGCGGCUGGUAUCGUCUUCUCUACUAUGGGAUGAACAUUCGCAUGCCAGAGGUCUGUAGUAGCGGAUGUUCCACUGUUAUUUCUCUCUGGCUAAACGGCUCACAUCCCCAGAUACAGGAUGGAAUAGUCACCCGUCAGAUCUGUGGUAAUACUGGAGGAAUCUGCUGCUCUAGUUCCUACAGUACAACCUCCAUUCGAGUCAAAGCGUGCCCAGGAAACUUUUCUGUCUAUGAAUUCAUCAAGCCUGUCUCAUGUAUUUCAGCUUACUGUGCAGAUAUCACCACACUAACUCCAGCCAACUUCUCAACAACUGGAGUCAUCACCACAGAAACCAAUAUAACAACAGACUCCAGCUUUGACCCAUGCUAUAACUAUACUGCCCUGGACAACUACUGGAGAGAUAUUCACACAUACUACAGAGGACAUGAUGACACCCGUGUAGAAUGGAAGGGCUGGUAUCGACUGUAUCUUCAAGGACAAAGUGCUCAAAUGUCUGAGUGGUGUACGAGUUAUAUAUCAUGUGGUGGUGUUACUCCACUGAUGCUCAGAGGUUCACAUCCACAGAUCGGUGAUGGAAUUGUCACUCGUGAAGUAACUGGAUCUCGUGCGUACGACUCGUGCAGUUACUACAAAUCCAACCCCAUCCAAGUCAAGGCUUGCCCAGGAAAUUACUACGUCUACAAACUUGUUAAACCAGAUAUAUCGAUCCCUGUUCCUUCAUACUGUGCAGUUUCUUUCAGGAACUCCACUAUAGACCCCUGCUACAGCUAUACUGCUCUCAAUGAUACUUGGAGAAGCAGCACUGACUCCACCACAAAUUCACACUGUGAUGCUAAUGUGAACUGGGUUGGCUGGUAUCGGCUUUUCUACCAGGGACAAAGUGCCAAGAUGCCAGAAUCAUGUGUCAGUUCAUACAGAUGUGGCACCAUGUUCCCAAUUUGGCUCAAUGGCUCUCACCCAAAUGUGCAAGACGGAGUGGUGGUCCGGCAAACCUGUGCAAGUCAGGGCAGUGAUUGCUGCUUUUACAAAGCCUUUCCAAUUCAAGUGAAAGCCUGCCCAGGAAACUACUACGUGUACGAGUUUGUUCAGCCAAAUUUCUGCUAUGCAGCCUAUUGUACAGGUAAUGGUAUUGAUAUACUUGCAUGA